AUGGCGGCUCGCUCUCUUCUGCUUUUCCCUGCGCUUGCGCUAGCAUCGAUCACAAUUGAGGAUCCCUCGAAUGUGAUCAAUCCUGCUAAUUGGGCGAAGGACAAUGCUAUCGUUCCUGACUAUGAUAUUGCCCAGGUUUCUACGCAGCCUUCUGCUAUCAAGGCGACCCACAAGGUGGAUGGGAAAACUUCCAGCGCUGAGCAUGUUACUUGGUCCGCUACGGCCAAUGACACCAGUGUCCUUCUCGUUGCAAACGAUGCCUCGUUCACUGGCUCAUAUAUCAACUUUGAAAAGACCGGUUACUCUACCAAUCUGAAUGAUGCCAGUUUCUGGGGCUUCAAUGCUGCAAUCAACGUGGCCAAUGCUUCGACCGCUGUUUUUGACCAUGUCAACGUGACUGUUCAUAAUGGUGCAGCCCAAUUCUACUCCUACGGAACCGACACUGUUGUCCACGUCAGCAAUUCGUGGCUAUACUCCUCCGGUCCCGUCAGUCACGGUCUCUACGCUUCAGGCAACGGAACUGCCAUCGGUCACAAUCUCCAAGUUUACUCCGGAGGCAAGCGCUCAUCUAGCUUCUCGGGUGAUAGUCCCGGGGGUUACAUCUACGUUUACGACAGCGUAGCACACGCAGCGGGAAUCGGCUCCGCUACCUUCUACGCACUUGGCGAGAUUCACGCUACUAAUGUGGUUGGUCUGUCUGAGAACGGACCCGUUGUCUUCUCAGAUGGUGCUCAGUCGACUACGUUGAUCGACUGUGAUUGCACGGCCGGUCUGCUGGGUGGAGUUGCUAUUUUCAGCAGCUCUGUCAUUACGAGUGGAGCGAAGUUGAACUUGACCAAUACCAAGUUCACCACCACUGGCCGUGAGAUGCCGGGUCUGUGGUUUGGAAACAUUAUUGCUGAAGCGACUUUGGCCAAUUCACAGAUUGUCACCAACUCGGGUAUUCUGGUCGUUGCGAAUUAUUCGCAGAUCACCCAGGACUUUGAUGUCUAUGCCGGAUACGUGGAUAAUAAUGAUCUGUCCCCUGCUCAGGUGACGGUUACUAUUACCGAGUCUGAUUUGACUGGUGAUUUGGUCGCUUACAACGGAAGUUCUAUCGACUGGUCUCUGAGCGAAUACAGCUCGUGGACUGGUUCUGCUUAUUCCGGAUACGGAGACGCGACUUUUGGUGUCAGCCUCGAUGAGACAAGCAGCUGGACUUUGACUGCCGAUACUGUUCUCCAAAAUUUCACGGAUUCCCUUACGACUUUGAAGAAUAUUCACAGCCAGGGACACACACUUUACUACAAUUCUACCGUCAACACCUGGCUGAAGGGAAAGACUAUUAGCCUUCCUGGCGGUGGCUCGGCAAAGCCCAUUACCUCAAGCUCUAAGAAAUCUCAGGUUCGCGGCGGUGGUCGACUGGGAAAGAUCUAA